ACAAACUGCCGAUGGCCGCUCCUUCUGUAACCACCCUUGGUGUACUCCAAAGCCCUAAGGUAGGCGUGUGUGUGCGUGUGUGUGUGUCUUGACUGCUACCUCUAAGAUCGUGGCGGGCGGGGAGCAAGAAGGAAGUAUAAUGUCUGUCAAACAAUCCGGGAAAGGGCCGGCGACAUCUCACACUCGCCCACAGGACUGAGGGCCACAAAUCCGUCGAUCGUUGUGGUAGUAGUGGUGUAGCUGUGUACCUGGCGCCAGAUCUCACAUUACGUCACAACAUGUAACAAGAUACAGGUGUACUGACAACCACCCUGGAAUGUACUGUCAUUGUGAACACCUGAAAUAUAUCUUACCUGGAUGUAGACCAACAAGAAUGACAGUCUCGUCGGUGCUGGAUUUGUGUAUAAAACUUCUCCUUUUAAUCAUACCUGCAUGUCUGGCAACCUCAACUACACCUGCACCUGCACCAGUGACGUGUCCCCCGAAGACUUACAACCCCCCUACCUGCACCGCGUGUGGACAGUGCGCAGGAGGCGCGCAAUGUGACGUCAACAGCGGUAUCUGCCAUUCCGGAUGUCAACCUGGAUACAUGAAUAGUGACUGUAAAACAGCUUGUCCCAAUGGAUUCUAUGGCAAUUGUACGAUGAAGUGUGGUAACUGUAAAGAUGGAGUACCGUGUGAUAAGGUCAUCGGAAGUUGUUCCCAGUGCAAUGGAAACUACCAGCUUCCCUUGUGUACAGUUUGCAUCAAUGGAUACUACGGCACCGCGUGCUCCAACCCCUGUGGUAACUGUAAAGAUGGACUACCGUGUGAUAAGACCACCGGAAAUUGUCUCCAGUGCCGUGGAAACUACCAGGGUCCUUUUUGUACAGUUUGCAACAAUGGAUUCUAUGACGACAACUGCUCCAGCUCGUGCGGUCAGUGUAAAGAUGGCGAAGUGUGUAAUAAGGCUACUGGGAGCUGUAGUCAGUGCCGUGACAACUACCAGCUUCCCUUGUGUAAAGACUGCAUCGCGGGUCAGUGGGGGGCAGCUUGCGGUCAGCGGUGUGGUCAGUGUGGGGGGGACGGAGAGUGCAACCGUACGACUGGACAGUGUCUUCAGGCUGCGUGUCUGGAUGGCUGGACGGGAGACUCGUGCUCUGAGAAGUGUCCAGGGGGUUCCUACGGCCCAAAGUGUUCCAAGUCCUGCAGUAACUGUCGUGGUAACAGCAACUGUCGUCAUGACAACGGUCUUUGUGAAGCUGGUUGCAGUGAUGGCUUCGAAGGUGUUUUGUGUGACGAGGAACGGGUGGACUUGCGUGGAGCGGUGGCGGGGUCGGUGAUGGGUGCAGCUGUACUCAUAUCAGCAUCUGUGGUGGGCAUCCUGGUAUUUCUUCACUUUCGGUCCCGGGGCCUGAAGUAUACUACUAAAGGUGUCCGUCAUAACGACGCAGACGACAAUCUUGAGAACGCUGGCUACUCGGACAGUCCACUCGCUGCCCGCUCCACCCCGGGUGAGGUGCCGUUCUAUGACCCUCUCGACCCGAGCAAGAGAGACCUUCACCUGUACGAAGGUCAGGCCCAGUCCGGUCACAACGUGGCCUUGCCACUGGGCUCCCGUGACGUCACUUCCGGUGAUGCCACCUACCAGAACGUGGACCUACCCCAAGAGACAUCAAAGUACCCCAAGGGUAAAAGACACGUGAAAGGAAACUCUGCUGGUCUUCCGGAGAACGUGUAUGGCAACACGUGACCUGACAGCCGAUGUAGUGCGUGCUGGUGUGUGUCUGUGUGUACAUGUGAGGUGCAGAGGAUGACGUCAGUGUGCACGUGCUGCACACAAGAUUUGUGUACCUGACUGGCGCAAUAGUUAUCAGUAAGUGUAACUACCGAUGGAUUCAUUUGGAUAUGAUGAAGCAAAAUUCCUGACAUUUUUCACGUUUUUAAGACAUUUAAACCUUAAUAUCCAUCAGAAACAUAAAAUACAUGACAUAAUUAUUUCUGUGCUGGUGAUUUUUGCUAAAACUGAUUGAUAGACUACAAUGGUAGGAACCACCAGGGGGCAGGGUUGUCACUCAGGACUGGAGGCAAUACAAUUGUUAAAUACUCUCACACAUCUCUCUCUUCUGUAAGUAACUCAGACUUGAAGCUCUGUCGAGGCUACGUGUACAUUUCGUCUUUUUGUUCCAAGUGAACAAUUCCCUCAUGCUAGAAGCUGCUGCCCCCGGGGUUGGUGGUCUAGCAAGCCUGUCAUGACAGGUGCUGCUGUCUCUACAGUCAUAGUCGGGUACCUCUCACGUGACUCAGUGCCAGACACGCUCUGGUGGCUCUCACGCCUCAGUCGUUCACCCUUUGUCUUACCCCACUGAGGUCCAGUUUCUCGUAACUGUCAAUACAGAGAAGACUCUCAUCAAGGGAGAGCACCAGACAGAACAAUGAUUUGUCUGCAGUUACUUCCCUUAAUAGACUUGAUAGAGAGAGAAGGAGGAAGCUUUCAGGGCGAGUCUCUCACUCUCUGUCUGACUUCCACUGUCGGUAACCGCAAUCCAUUAGUUGAUUAUAAGAAGGUCGGCUCUAGCUCAGGAGCUACUCUUCCAUUUUCUUACAAAAGACUUUAAGACUUCCGUGUUUUCUGAGAUGUUUGCUGGUCAUUGCGGAAAGUGUGCCGAGAUGCCAAUGUUUAUUUAAUAAUAAAAAUAUAAUACUACUACUGCUAAUAAUACAUGUAAUAAUAAAUGCGUGAUUUGUAUAGCGCAUACUCAGGCACUUGGAAGAGGGUCUGCACAUCACAUGUUUGACUAUAUUUGAACUCCAUCUUUUUCUAAUAAAAUAAUAAAAUAUUUUUCUACAGUUUAUUUGAGUUCAGUGGAUAAAUAUAUUUUUAAGAAACUUGUGCUUCUCUACCCUAUUUUAAUUCGUAAAUUUCCAUGUUGUUCACUUCUCCUCCUUCAUGCACGAAAUGCACGAAGACAAAGAAAAAGAUUCAUGCAGGGUAAAGCACAAAAUGCUCUUUACAAGUGUAUGUACAUUGUGUAUGUAUUUAGUAGUAUGCUUAUAUGGUUAUGUGUUUAAACACAACACAGCUGUGUGCCAACACCACGAACUGUUGCUGUAGUAGAAUGUUCACUGUUCAGUGUCUGUGUUAUGAGAAAAUUAUGAACUAGUUCAUUUUGAUCGCAAUAUUUGUCUGGCUCACAAAUUUUUAUUUCUUUCAUUUUAUUUUUUCAUGGGAAAGUGCUCAUACGCAUUGUCAGGCCCUCCCAAAAUUACAAAUCUUUCUGCAGACUGUGAAAUUUUCAAAACUUGUCCAUAUAUAGAAAACGGUUUUCCGUUUGUUUGUUUUUUCAAAAGUUGGUCAGCCUUUCAAACCUGUGUAGGAACUGAGUAGUAAAUAUGUGGUGUGUAGACUGCCAUGAUGUACACAUGACUGACAGCCACACAAAGCUGGGGUGAGUUAUCACCAGACUUGUAGUGUACCACCCUUACUUGUCAUCUUGAAAGAGUGGACCUUACAAUCUUUUAAUGAUUUAAUUGUAAUUUAUGAGAUAUUCAACACUGUCUCUGUUAUUUCUCUGUUAUUUCUUAUUGGAAGUUUAUUGCUCAUAAUUUAUAUUUUUAAUUAUUCAUUGAAGUUGCAUUUUUAUAAAGUUGUAAAUAAUCUGCAAUGUUGGUAAUUUUGGAUAAUUUUGAGAAAAAGAUAAAGGUAAUUUUUUUUAAAGUCUAUUGGAUGCAGGUCUUUCUGUGACAUGAUAACACUGCAUGUUAGAGAAGCAAAUUGCAGUCAAUACAAUCAUAUGUCAACUGAACAAAUUGCUUAUAUGCUUCCUUCAUUCACCAUGAUUCCUGGAGUAUGCAAGUGGGGCAAAAGCAUCUAUAAUUUCUGGAAUAAAUUUGACGUUAAGUUAAAAGUUCAACCCAAUCCCAUGGUAAUGGUUCUUUACAAAUAUUCCUUGAAAGUUCUGUACUUAGUGAUGCACGUGUAAACCCACACAGCACUGACAAAGAAGGAACGCAUCUUCGGACAUGGAUCAAGAGGCCUGUUCCAGUCAAUUAUUUGAUUAUUAAACAGACAAAUAUCUAGAACCUAGCAGGAAAAUAAAGCAUGUUUAGCAACACAGUUUAAUGACAUUUUUAGCAAAAUGUAAUGAUACUAAGAGGCUAGUUUAGUUAGUUGUUCAUUGUCCACUUUGCUACGUGCUUUAAUAUCCUUUAUUUAUUUCCAUGAAGUGGCUCAGCGUUGACCAAUAUUUGCUAAAAAGAAUGAUUUUAGAAAGAGUACAGAUCCAUUUGUCGAAGGCCAUAUUGACUGACCAUGACCUAGCAAACAUCCACGUGACUGACAAGCCGUCUGCUUGUUUAAUAAGAAGGUCAAGGUGCAAGAAAACCCAUCCUCUUCAAAUUCAUGGUAAAGAUUAAAGGAAGAUCCCUAACUUUUUGCACGUUGGGCAUUUUUUGGGAGCUGACUUAGUUGGGGAGAGUAGUGGAUGGUAGGUUGGUCAUAUCCUGUCUGUCACUGCUUUCCUCUCCUCAGUCUUCUAUUGAGUCAGUGACGUAUUUCCAACAUCGGGGUCAACUUGGUUCGCUGCACCACAAUGGUAUUGAACCGGCCUGCCUUGGAGUUUGGACGCCAAUGGUGUAAGGCUUGUGUCAAGUGGGUUAGGAUGACACAAAAUCGUUUGUCUUCAAUAUCGCCACCGACAGUCUUUGAGUGCUUUGGCGCAAGGUGAACAUUAAACAACACGUGACAUUAGCAACGAGAAGCUGGGUGAUUGAUGUUCCUAUGGACCACACACCCUGACAGAAUGUCCACACCCUCACUGAAGACUCCACUGAAAACUAUGUACAUCAAGACUGAAAUUCAUUAAGUAGCGGGAGAUUUUGUGAAAUAUAUGUUAUACACAAACAAGGACGUGUAGUUUCUUGGUGUAUGAUACGUGUUUCUACUGAUCGCUGGUACAUAAGAAAGUUGCCGGUCUGUGGUGCAUGUGAAAUGUGAAAAGAAAUCUGAGCCCAUUGUGUACCCGGCACGUAUGAGAUGGACAUUGAUUUAUUUCAAGUGUAAAAGAAGUGAAAUGAGAGUAUAGUUGAUUUCCCCCUUCAUUUUGAAUGUAGUUUCUGGUUUCACGCGUGCAACGUUUUGCAAGUGGCCCAUCAUUUUCCAGGAGUAUAGUUUCGAAGCCAACAUGAUUGUCAUGGUUUUUGUUUUGGUUUUUUUACAACAGUUUUUUUUUCUUUGCUGUGACUGUAGGUUAGUUUAUUGUAAUCAUUUGGAGAAAUAGGUUAGACUUUACUUUUGUGAUGACUGAAAAGUUCCAUGCAACUUUUGAUUGAAGAAAAAGGUGACAUGUCUGCACCUUCAAGUGAUCCUGGGAUGAAAAUACUUUUUUUAGUUGCUUAUCCUUCCGCGACUGUUUAGAGACUUUCUGAGGGCGUAGAUGUAUUAAACCUGUAAUUUGCU